GACAUUUUAACUUCUGUAUUCUGAUUUAUUUCGCUUAGCAGUCAGUGACAGUCACCGGCAGCGGCAACCGCAAUUUUGCAUUGUUAAUUUUAAAAGCCCGGACAAUGCAUUUUUUAUGCGUUGUUGUGUUGUUGGCGGUGUCGAGUUGCGGGGUGCGGGCGUUAUGGGAUCCGCAAGGCAACUGCCGGAAAAGCGCGCCAGUUGGAUAUGCAUGGGAUGGCACUGCGGUAUUAGGCGUUUGGUACCAGUAUAUGUACGGUCCUAAAGAAGGUUUCCAACUGAAAGAUCUGACCAAUCCUGUGGAAAACAACCGGCCCAUCGGCUGGAUCUAUGACAGUGGCGGUACGAAGUACGCCUCGGCAACGUUCACCACUGCCCGCCAAGAUGUCGCUCCGCAUAGCUGCUGGGCGUCGUACUCCACGCAGAACACCAGCUGCAACGGAUUGGCCACAACGUUCGGAUAUUUCGGCGGGCUGGGCACUGGCGAAACCGGCGGUCCACGCAACUUUUAUAAGUUGUACCUGGACCCCAACUUCCUCUACGUGCGCGUCUAUUGUUUCGACGAAGGCAGCGACACCCAUACCACCCCGAACUGCCAACAACCCGGCGUCGCGGUGUGGACCCGCAAGAUGCCCAAGGACAUCACGCCGCUGGAGAACAAGAUCAUUCUGGACGUGCUUGAUGACCGGCUGCAGUUGUACUGCGUCACCAGCUCCCAGAUGGCAUACAACCAGUGGCUUGAUCUGCCGCCUUGUGACUUCAUUGAGAAGCCGCAGAGCUUCAUGAACGACCUCCGGUAUGCGGAAGAGCAUGUGGUCAGCAAGUGCCAUAGUGCCGCUUCCGGUGGCGGGUGCUCGCCGGCUUCCUUCUAUUAACUUAGUGUGGUGAUCGAUUCGGCUCUGCAUCCCCUAAUUUAUUUUGAUUUCCCUGAGAAUCUUUUGUAACGAGAUUUUUAUAAUUUGUUGCCACGCACAAUAAAUUAUUAUACGGUGAGG